AUGGCUGUGACUCUCUAUUCAACUACCUGCAGUCCAAGAACUGACGCUACCAUCGACGACUUCGGCCCAGCACCCGAGGGCGGCCGCCGCGCCUGGAUCGUAGCAGCCGGCGGCGGCGCCAUCUUCUUCAGCACCCUCGGUUUCGCCAAUUCCUUCGGCACAUUCGAAGAGUACUACUUGCGGCAUCAGUUGAAGGGAUGGUCUGCCUCCGAUAUCUCGUGGAUCGGUUCUUUGGCUAUCUUUCUCCAGUUCUUUGCUGGGAUGCUGAGUGGACCGCUAUUUGAUCGGUAUGGUGAGAAGAUGAUUCGGCCGGCGGCGGUGCUUUACGUUGUCUUCAUGAUGGUGCUUAGCGUUUGCAAGAGCUACUGGUCCAUUAUGCUGGUACAGGGUGUGCUCAUGGGCAUCGUCAUGGGACUCUUGCAGAUCCCGGCUUUUGCUGCUGUAUCGCAGUAUUUUGAGAAGAAUCGGGCUGGCUCGCUUGGUCUGGUGGCUUCGGGCUCGUCGAUUGGCGGCGUCGUCAUUCCAAUCGCGCUGUCUAAGAUGUUGAAUCAAAGCUCGCUGGGCUUUGGCUGGUCGGUACGAAUCGUUGGGUUCAUGAUCAUGCCGUUCGUACUGUUUGCCGCCGUGGGCAUCAAACCUCGAUUGCCUCCGCGCAAGACGGAGUUUUGGCUCGUGUCCGCGUACAAGGAAGGGCGCUUCAUUGUCUUGAUUGUCGCACUCUUCUUUAUGCUGUUUGGCAUGUUCACGCCCUUCUUCUACCUGCCUACCUACGCCGUCUCACGAGGCAUGAGCCCCACGUUCGCGGGCUACUUGCUUUCCAUUCUGAACGCAGCGUCCACUUUUGGUCGCAUCAUACCUGGGGUGCUCGCCGACAAAUGGGGCAAAAUCAACAUGUUCGGCUUUGGAGGCGUCAUUACCGGCAUUGUCAUCUACACGAUGAACGAGGCAGACUCCAACGCAGCCCUGAUUGUGUACGCAGUCUUUUUCGGCUUCACCUCAGGCACCAUCAUCUCGGGGGGAUCUGCUGCAUUUUCCACGUGCCCAAAGGACGCACGAAAUGUUGGGACUUAUAUGGGCAUGGGAAUGGCCAUCGCAGGCAUCGGAGGGCUCAUCGGACCCCCUGUCAACGGAGCUAUGGUCAAGAAUUAUGGAGGAUUCUUCGAGGUCUGUAUGCUCAGUGGUACCCUGUGUGUCGUUGGCGGUCUUAUCGCAAUCGCGGCCAAAUGGUGGACACCACAAGGCCUCCUGGGCAAUGUAUGA